AUGUUUUCCAAUGUCUCUAAAAUAAAUGGUGUGAAAAGAUUAAGAUCUUUGAAAAAAAACAUAAAUGAUAACUUAUCUGGAACAAAAAAGAACAAGAAAUUAAGUUCAAAAACAGCAAAAUAUAUAAAUUAUUAUUUUUGCAAAAAAAAAAAAGCUGAUGAUAAAAUAGCUUUUAAUAUAGAGAAAAAAAAAAAACUUGAAUAUACACCAUCCCUUUUUCAAGUUAUAUAUAAUAUCAAAGAUGACAAAUUUAUAAAUAUAAAAAAGUGUAACAUUUUAGAACUAAAUUCUGGGGAUAAAAAUGAAGAGAACAAAUUGAAUAUAAUAAAAAAUAAUAAAAUAAAUACAGAAUGUUUUAGUAAUGUUAGUAAUGCUAGUAAUGAAGAGGUACGAGAUUGUUUGGAUAAUAAAAUAAAUUUAAAUAAAACUGAUAAAAAUGAGAAAAUAUUAGCUAAAGAAAAUUAUAUAUAUAAUAAAAUUUUACAAAAAAAUGAUAUGAUAUCAAUACAACCAUGUAUAACUAUAAGAAAAGAUAAAAUGUUAAAAGAUUUGAAAAAUAUGGAUAUUAUAAAUAACAUUAUUGAUAUAAAAAAGAAUAAAGAUGUGUGCAACAUUUAUUUGAUUACAAGUUUAAUUAAUAUAUAUCAUGAAAAUAAUUAUAAUUAUUUAAUUUUAAAAAUAAUAAAAGACAUGAAAUAUAUUGUAAAUACAAUGAAUAAUAAAAUAGUAAGCUUAUUAUUAUUUAAUUUAUAUAAAUAUUAUAUAACAUGUUAUAUUAAAAAAAUAUAUGAAAAAGAUAACAUAAUAAAUUUAAGAUCCCAUUUUAACAUUUUCUACAUAAUAGAUCAUAAUUUAAAUAAUUUGUGUGAACAAACAUAUGAAUUUCUAAAUAUUAAUGUAAUAAAAAAUUUUCUUAUAUCUAUAUCUUAUGAUAUUGAAAAAAAUUUAUAUUGUGAAAAAGAUAUGUCUAUUUUAAGUAAAAUAAUUUUUGUCUAUUCUUUUUUUUUGGAUAAAAAUUAUAAAUUAUUUGAAUUAUUAAUUGGAAGAAUAUUCAAAAGUUUGAAAAUAAAAAAAGAGAAAAAUAAAAAUCUAAAUAAUUUGUUUAUUAUCCGAACCAAGAUCGAAAAUAUAUCUUUAAUAGCUUUAUCUUUUGAAAAAUUAAAUUUAUAUUCUUCAAAAUUUACUUUUUUACAUUCUUAUAUAAUUUUGAGAAAAAUAAAUAGAUUAAUAAAAUGUGGUGAAAAAUUAUUAUUAUUAAAUAAAAAAAAAAAAAUAUUAAAAAAAAAAAAUUUAAAGAAUAUAAAUUUAUUUCCUAUGCAUUCCCGUGAUAAGUUAGACACCAAAUUACCAUUAAUAAAUUUAAAAGAUAUAUUUAUUUAUUUAUAUAUUAUCAAUAAAAAUAAUAUAAAAAAUAAUCGUUUUAUAAUAUCUAUCUUAAAAUAUGCACAAAUAUUUUUUAAAGCCAAUUUUGAAAAUGAUAAAAAAAAUUAUAUUUAUUCAUAUUUUCAGAAUGUUGCUAAAAAAAAAAAACAAAUUAAUAACACAACAGGGUCUUUAAAUAUUUAUGACAAUUCGUUAAAAUAUUUUAGAGAUAAUUUAAACUUAACAAAUUUGAGAAAUAUUAAUAAAAAAUGUAAAAGUGUGAAUGGUUGUAAUAAUGAAAGGGUGAGCAUACUUGACAGUUACAAGUGCAUAGCAUUAAAAGGGGGUAAUAAUAAUAAUAAUAAAAAUAAAAACAAGAAUAAAAAUAAAAAAAUAAAUAAAAUGCUGGCUCUACAUUCAUUGUAUAUAAUUAACAAAAAUAGACAAAAAAAGUUAAAAACGUGUCACAAUCAUGGCGAUAAUAAUAAUGGCGAUAAUAAUAAUGGUGAUAAUAAUGGCGAUAACAAUUUUAUCAUUGAAAAGGUGGAUAUGGAAAAAAUACAAAAUGAUAAGGAUGAUAUAUUUCCAUUUUUAAUAACUACGAAAAAAUAUAUGAAUUAUUAUUUGGUAGAUUUAACAUGUAUGUGUAUUUUUUUAAAUUAUUUAAUUAAUUAUGAUUAUUUAUUUUUAACAAAAUUUGAAACAUUUAAUUGUUUAACAAAAUUAUAUAUAGAUUUAUUAAGAAAAACAAAUUUGAAGGAAAUUCAUUUUUUUUAUUUGUUCAGAAUAUUUGAAAUUAAUAGAAAAUUAAAUAUAUACAAUAAUUUUUUAACCAAAUUAUUAUAUUCAUCUAUAUAUUUUAAAUGUAAAAAAAUAAUAGAUAUGAACACAAAUAAAUAUGAUUAUAAUAAAACAAGAUAUGUAAAUAAUUUUAACAAUACAAAUUUGUUUUUUUCCAAAUUAUAUGAACAACAUACAUGUAAUUAUUUAGUUAAGAGCUAUAUAGAAUUAUUAAAAAGUAAAAAUAUAGAUAUAAAAUUAUUUAAUUGUAUUAAUAAAUGUUUAUCUAUUUUUUUGGAAAAUAAGACAAACUUAUCAACUAACUAUAUAACACUUUACAAAUGUUUAAAAUUAUUAUAUUUAAUAAAUGAAAAUGUAAUAUUAGGAAUGAGGAGAAGAGAUAUUUUUAAAGAUGAACAAAAUUAUAUAUUUUAUGUGAUUACAAAUUUAGAGAAUAUAAAAUGGGAUACACUAAAUAAUGAAUAUGUACUAAAAUAUUUUAAAUAUAUAAAUAAUUUAACCAAAAAUAAGAAAAAAAAAAAAAUAUAUAAUUUAAAUUUUUGUAAAAAAAAUUGGAUAAAGAUUGAAAAAAUAAAUCAAAAAUUAUGUCUCACAAUAAAUAAAAGAAUAUGUAAUUUAAAUUUGAUCGAAAUAAUCAAAUUAUAUUUAUAUAGUAAUUAUAAUUUUGGGAAAAAAAAAAUUAAUUUAGAUAAUUUAUUUAAAAAUAUAUUACAAUAUAGUAAUAUUAUUAAUGAACAAAUUCAAGAUGAAUAUUUUUUUAUCUCUAUUUUUAAAAUAACAAUCUUUAAAAUAUGUCUAAAUUUUCAAGAAUAUAAAAAUAAAAACAAACUUGUAGAUAAUAUAAAUAAAUAUCCAGAUUGGACACUUAUUUUAAAUUUGCUAAUAUUGAUAAAAAAACAAAUCAAAAAUAAUGUUAAUCAAAUAAAAAAAAAAAACAUUUAUUUAAUGUUAACGCAAUUAUUUUUUUGCUUAAGCCUUAUUUUUAAACAAAAUAUAUGGGUGUAUAAAAAUUGGAGAAAAAUUAAUUUGUGUGCAAAAAAUUGGAGAAAAAUAAAUUUGUGUGCAAAAAAUUGGAGAAAAAUAUCUAAAGCAAAUAACAUAGAAAUAGUGGAAAAUUUAUAUGAGAUAAUAAAUAUAAUUUUUAAAAAAGGGUGGGUUUGUAAUAAUGAUGAUAAAAAUUUUCUUAUAUAUAUAUAUCUCUUAUAUUUUAAUAGAAUGAUAAUAAAAAAAAAAGAAAUAAAAAUUAAAUUUUUUAAAAAAAAAGAAGGCAAAGAAUUUUUACAAAUAACACAAAAUUAUAUAAAUGAAAUGAAUAAAAUAUUAAAUAGCCCUUUAGUUAAUUCAAAUAUAGCAUAUACAAAUUCAUUAUUAUUAUUUUUUUUAUUUAAAUAUAAGAUAUUUUUAAUAAAUUAUAAAAAUCGAAAAAAUAAAAAUAAAAUGUGUCUCUCUAUUAACAAUUCAAUAUUAUAUCGUAAUUUAUUAAAUUAUAAAAAUGAUUAUAAGUUAUUUCAAAUCUUAUUUUUUACAAUAAUUUACAAUUAUAAUAUUUUAAAUAAUUAUAAUUUUACUUUUAUUUAUACACCUUGGAAUUAUUUAUAUAAUAAUUCUAUUCUAGAGACACAACAACAUUCUACAUUCUCUUUAGAAAAUAAAUAUUUAAGAAACAAUUUUUAUGACACAAUUCCAAACAAAAAAUAUACAUUAUAUUAUAAUUUAAAUGAUUGGAAUAACUUAGCAACUAUUUUGCAAAAAAAUUAUAGAUCCACAAAUAUUUUAUACCUUUUUAUUUGCCGUAAAAAAGAAAUUGAGCAUUCUCUUAAGUUGGCAUCAUUUCGCGCAUCCAAUUUGGGUCCCCCAUUUUGUAGGCUCUGA